AUGGACGCGACUUUGCCAGAUGCCUUUACCCCAACGCAGACGGACCCGUCUGCUGCAGCCGGAGCUCUUACGGCAUCCAAUGAAGCCGCCGGGGGGAAUGUUUCUAAGCCCCUCAAAGUAGAAGAUCUUCCCAAGUUUGAGCUUGAGUCCUAUGUAGCGAACUAUACUGGCCGGACCCGCUUCGACCGUCUCUACCUCAUCGGCACCUGCUCUACAUUGCUGUCCACCGACGCGCUUAAGGCCGCAGUGGCAGAAGCCAAAUCGGGAAAAGAUGUCCUUCGAUACGAAAAGGCAGUGAGGGCACUGGCAGAGGUGGCGCCGAAUGAGCCGGACGCCACGCUCGACUCGGCAUGGGUCCAGGAAAUCCAGCGGACAGUGAGGGCACAGGCCGACCGGUUAGAGCUGGAGCUUCGAGGGUACAAGAACAAUCUAAUCAAGGAGAGCAUACGGAUGGGUAACGAGGACCUGGGGAACCACUAUCAUGACACCGGCGAUUUGCUCGCAGCAUCGAAAGCUUACUCUCGGAUGCGAGAUUAUUGCACGGCCCCAAACCACAUUUCGUCGAUGCUGUUCAAGUUGAUCAACGUUUCCGUUGAACGAGGAGACUGGUUGAGCGUACAGUCUAACACAAAUCGCCUGCGCAGCGCGCAGUCGAAACCAGAAGACUUGGCCAAGAACCAGCCGAAGAUCUCGGCCGCCUUGGGUCUGGCACAGAUGCACGCUGAAUCGUACGGCGACGCAGCACGCAGCUUUCUGGGUACACCCCCGACUUUGGGCGACUCCUUUAACGAAUUGAUCACCUCCAACGACGUUGCGGUGUAUGGUGGCCUAUGUGCACUCGCCUCCAUGGACCGAAAUGAGCUGCAGCGCCGUGUACUUGAAAACCAGUCCUUCCGCAACUUCCUCGAGCUCGAGCCGCAUAUCCGCCGGGCGAUCACCUUCUUUUGCAACUCGAAAUUCCGACCUUGUCUCGAUAUCCUGGACAACUAUCGAUCUGACUAUCUCCUUGACAUCCAUCUUCAGCGCCAUGUCAAUGCGCUGUAUACCCGCAUCCGUACCAAGGCCAUCGAGCAGUACUUGGUCCCGUUCAGCCGGGUCACACUCGACUCGAUGGCUACCAUCUUUGCCCCUCAUGUGGUUGGCGGAGAAGCGCGACCGACCGGGACUGGCUCACCGUUUGUGCAGGAGCUUAUCCGCCUCAUCAAGAAGGGAGUUAUCGAAGCUCGCAUCGACCUAGAAAAAGGGGUAUUGGUGUCGAACCAGACGGACUUGAGGACCGAGGUGCAGACCAAGACGCUGGAAGGCCUGCGCUCUUUCAAUGAAGAGUCGCAUCUGCGGAUCCUGCGCACGAGCGUCCUUCAUGCGGAACUGGAGGUGCGGCCUCCCCAUGGAGAGAGACGACCCAUGAUGGAAGGGCCAGGGCCGGUCAAAGGAAUGGGGUGCGGCAAGGCAGCUCAAUCGAGGCGAGAUGCUCGGGUAACCCUCGAGAGCUGA